AUGACGAGUCAAAAACAACACCUUCCUUCUUUUGCUACCACCAUCUCUGCGUUAGGCAUUCUUCUGUAUUGCAUUGGGUUUCUAAGAGUUGAAUUAGAGUUGAACAAUCAGAAGAAAAGAUUCAACGCGCUUGAAAACAACCCGGAGACAAAACCGCCGUCAAGUGAUUCAAACAACUUCAAAAUCGUCAAGGAUGCUCUCGGUAUGUAAACAGUUUGUUUUUCUUGUUUUAUGCAGCAUUUUAACAUAGAUUAGAAUUUCAUGAAUUCUGAAAUGUCACCUACCAUUCUUAAAAAGAACAUUCUACGAUGAUUAAUUUGCAUUUAACCUGGCUCGCGAUUGCUGCUAAGGUUGAGAGUUCCUGCAUAGGUCACCCAAGCUUACUAUCAGAGCCUUAAGCAACACAAAAUUAGCUUACACGGGCUACCGGUGUUUCCUGUUGGCAAAGAAACUAAAGGUUACACCAAGGUUAAUUCGAUUCCUUUUUGACUGAUUUUUCCAUGCUUGAUCAAUAACUGGAAAAAGAAAUUACCAUGGUCUUGAAAAUUACAUAAUUUUUGCUUAAUUUUCUUCUUCAUUUUACAGCUUGAUACUGAGCAAACAAUUGGAUGAAAUAUUUCUUAUUUUUAUUAGCAGAAUUUUACACCUAUGGACAUGAUCGAGCCAGAAGACAAGCGAAUUCAGCUAAUAAUACCAGCAAAGCUAAAACAACAGCCACCAUGAUUAGAGAAAUGCAGAAACUUUUAUUAGAGGUGAGACAGCGACUUUGCAAGUCAACAAGUAACGCGUGUCUUUCAGGUCCUCCAGGCCCUCCCGGUCCACCAGGGCCGAGAGGAGAAAAGGGAGACCGGGGACGAAAAGGGAAGAAGGGAACUCGAGGAUCACUAGGAAAAAGCGGUAAGCAAGGCAUCAUGGGACCUGCAGGGCCAAAAGGUGUCGUAGGACUCAAAGGCCAAAAAGGAGACACAGGGUCCGCUGGCAUGCCGGGAACCAAAGGAGAGCCCGGUGAAUCGAUUUCAGCUCCUGUUGUUGCUGUUUCUCCUGCAAACCUGACAGUAAACGAAAGUGGAACAGCUUCAUUUCAGUGUUCGGUGAGCGGUAAUCCUGAGCCUGCAAUAGUGUGGAGUAAAAGGGAUUACCUGUCUGAAGUAAGCAAGUCAGCGGUUUCGAGAGGGAGAUUGCUUUUAAAGAAUGUAAAUGAUAGUGACUCGGGUGAAUAUCAGUGCUCAGCUACAAACAUUUUAGGGCAUGCGCAAACAGUGGUACAGCUUGUUGUAAAUGGUGGGUUUUUAUAUAUAUAUACAGGAUAUUGUUUAGUAAAGUUUCACGGCAAAACGGACUGCGGGUACAUCUUUUUUUCUUUCGGCUCCAAACUUCUUCAGAUCAUGCGGCAAAUGGUAAUAACAAAACGGCAACAAUUAUCACAAAAACCUUGGAAAGUAAGAAAGCCAUAUAUGUCAGUCGAAAGUAGUCGCCACUCGAAAAGAAGAAAUCCGAAGUAUCAUAUCAAGAGUACAUUCUAACUUAUGACCUUCUUGUCUCUGGGUGUGACUAGUCCAGAUGCUCUACCACUGAGCUACCGAAAACUCAGAAAAUGGAGGUAAAGCAGCACUUUGGCUAUACUUCAAAAUUCGACAAACAAAAUUAGAUAUUUUAUGAAAAUAUGUUUAACCGUGUCACACUCUCCUAACAACUUAACUUGACAAAAGAGCGUUCAGUAACGAAGCAACUGUUCAUUUCUUUGCAUUCUUGCAGUUCAUCCUCAACUUUCCCUUCAUCCGGGGCCUCAUUACGCUAUUGAAGGCAGCAACUUCACUCUUCCCCCCUGUCACGCGACUGGUUACCCGCCACCAAUGGUCAUUUGGAGAAAGGCAUCCGGUCAGUUGCCCCAGGAGAGGAUGACGUACAACAACAGUAGCUUACAACUUUUAAAUGCUCAAAAAAAAGAUUCCGACUUGUAUAUCUGUUCAGCAACAAACCUGCUGGGAAAUUUGUAUAAGAAAACACUCAUUGUGAUCGUUUCUCAUCCUCAAUUUACUGUUAAGCCACCUGUGAGAAUUUUUGCAGCGCUUGGAGACACCUUGACACUUAAUUGUAGCGCAACUGGUGACCCUCAACCAGUUAUUAGCUGGAGGAAACAAGGAGGUCAUUUGCCAGUUGGAAGGAACCAGCAGAUUAAUGGUGCGUUAGUGAUUAGAGACAUUACAAAGAAAGAUGCGGGUCAUUACAUUUGUACUGCAACCAGCGCAGGAGUGUUUGACGUGGAAGCUUUGACUCACAUUGAAGUUUAUCCAAGAGGUCAGUUAGAAAAAAUACUAAAGAACGUUUGUACUCAAUUAGUCUAUUUGUCUCUAUAAGACUUUUUUUUUUGUAGUUUAAAAAUCAGUGUCUUCGCAAAAUUCAGGCUGGGGCUUAUACUGUCAAUCCCGAAAUUAAGAGAAUGGUCGAAGAUCCAGGAAAUAAGUAAAAAAAAAUGUUUUUCUCUCUUAAAUUUUUAUUUGAUUAACGGUUUUUAGGUCAAGACUGUUUACUUCUGCUAAAGACAGGCCAUACUCAAAGUGGAUUGUACGCGGUGAACCCAGACGGCAGAGGAUUCUUCACUGUUUAUUGUGACAUGCGCACCGAUGGUGGAGGAUGGACCGUGUUCCAGAGAAGACAAGAUGGCUCGGAGGACUUCUAUCGGGGAUGGAGCGAAUACAAAUCAGGAUUUGGUCAGCUGACGGCUGAGUUCUGGUUAGGAAACGACAAGAUCCACAGGCUGACGGCCGCUAGACCAGGCUCUCUGCGAGUGGAGCUUGAGGACUGGAACGGAGUGAGAGCAUAUGCCAAAUAUGGCAAGUUUAACAUUGGUGAUGAACAGGCUAAGUAUCGACUUCAAGUGAGUUCAUAUUCAGGGACGGCCGGAGAUUCCUUAACUUCAGACCAUAACAAUAUGGCUUUUAGCACUAAAGAUAGAGAUAAUGACAGAGACAGUAAUCAUUGUGCUUUGUUACACAAUGGUGCCUGGUGGUACGGCACUUGCUACCACUCUAAUCUAAAUGGAAAAUACCUAGGAGAUAAAUAUGAUAGCAGGGGCGUCACGUGGUAUCACUUCAAGAGUUAUCGUUCACUGAAAUUCGCCGAGAUGAAACUUAGACCUUUCUCAUAA